AUGUCAGAAUGGGGGUCCAAGAUCCUCGACUCGGUCGAACGCCAGGAACGUUUCCUCGCAGAGACGCUUGGGGCCGCCAGUCCCUCGAACGUGCCUCCCCAUGUUCAACAGCAGCAGCCAUUUUCCAACCUCUUUCACUCACCGAUUGAGCCGCAGGACACGGAGCUGAUAUCACGCAAUGAUACGUUGAAGACACCGAUUACGGGAUCAGAAAUGAUCCUAAGCUGGCCCAUCUUUCCCCAGGAGAGACCAGUCUCGACAUUUCCGCCUGCCGCAUUCGAGGAGAAGCCGGAUCGCUUUCCCACCGUUAUUCCCAGCUUCGAACCGCGGAGGAUAUUAGAAUUACGGGACAUUUUCAUGACCAAAAUACUGGCCAAGAACCCCAUAAUCGAUGCAGAGCAGCUGGAGGCAUACAUAGCGCACGUGCUAGAGACUGGUAUUGAUUGGUCUGCUUCUUCGUGUCUUGUGCUACUCGUCCUUGCGCUGGCAGCUAUUUGGGGCACGUACCCUGAGGACGAAACGAGAGAGGUUCCUUGUCCGGAACCUACUUUUGGCUCUAACCGGCCAAUGACCUACAUGACGGUCUCGAUACCGGAACAUCGAAUGAAGGAGUCACUAGGAUAUUUGGCCAUGGCCAGAAAGCGCAUUUCCGCUGCCUAUCUGGAUACUACACUUCUUGGAGUCCAAUUCUGGUAUCAGUAUAAUAUCGAGCCAAUUCCCGGCUGGAAGAUGUUUCGCACGGCCUCGAUGUUGUGGCAAACUUAUAACAUGAGACACCGGAGUGGGAGCGGGGAAAGGUCUGCACAAGAGGAGAGCAUGGAGCAGCGGCUGUAUUGGACGUGCCUCAAAUCCGAGUGUGAGGUCCGAUAUGAACUAUAUGAAUUACCACCCUCGGAUCUCUCUCUUUCCGACUUUCCUUUUGCGCUACCCAGCUUUUCUGUCUAUGAAUCCCCGUACGGAGGUAGCCCUGAGCACGAUCCCAACAGCCCGUCCGCUCUAGCCCUAGACUCCACUCCAUACUACUAUUACCUUGCAGAGAUAUCGAUGCGAAGGUUGCUCAAUCGCGUGCGAAACACAGUGCGCAUCCUCUCACCAGGUCUUGAUAUCCCCGCCAUCAAGCAACUGUCUGGUACCCUUAGCCACCUUGAAGACCAGCUUCAUCAAUGGGUGGUAUGUCUACCUCCCGCUCUCCGGUUCAACAUGCCUCUCGAGUCGCGCCCGCCACCGAAAGAGCCCGAGCUCGUGAAGCUCGUCCGCGAGCGCUACGUGGAAGUCCGAGAACUCCUCUGUCGCGCAUACCUAUACCUCUGCAUUCACACGCCACUCGACCGGGAUCUCGCGGCAUUGUACGGCACCAAGGCCACCGAGUCACUGCUCCUCGCAGUCUACCGCAUUCAAAACGAAGUGCCCUUUUUUAGACACCCGGGGUCAUGGGGUGCAUGUCGAGUGCGCUUCAAUCACGCGCUCUGCCUCAUUGCUGCCUUUCGCGCAAAAACAGACGAGAUCCCUGCAGCCGAGUACGUCAGUCUGCCUGUCAGCUGGGCCACGUAUGUUCGGGUAGUAAUCGAGCGACUGAAAAUCUGGGGUCAAGAAGGUGGUGGCAUCAAAGAGCUGGGCUUUCUGCUUGAUUGGCUGAUGCUUGGGAUUGUAUAA